CGUUUGAACGUUAUUAUCAAAAGAAAUCUAAAGAUCACACUUCCAAAAAGCGAAAAAAAAGUUCCUUCUAAAACUCCCCACAACUCCCUCAAUCUCUCCCACUUUGUUCCCCACCAUACCAGAUCCCCACCACUGCAAAAUGGACCCACCACCAGCACCAGCGCCGGCACCGCCGUGUACCACCGCCACGUCAGAUUCCCUCUUAGACUUACCACCUCUCCCCACACCCACCGCCAAAAUCCGCCUUUUAUGUAGCUAUGGUGGCCACAUAAUCCAACGUCCCCACGAUAAAACUCUCUGUUACGCCGGUGGUGAUAACCGUGUAGUUUCCGUUGACCGUCGUACCACCAUAUCAUCCCUGUCCGCACUUACAUCACAUCUUUCCCGUACCCUUUACGGUAAUCGUCCUUUUUAUCUUAAAUACCAGCUCCCAAACGAGGAACUUGAUUCACUUAUUUCCGUAACCACCGAUGAAGACUUACAAAACAUGCUUGAAGAACACGAUAGGUCCACUACAUCUUCACGUAUUAGAUUGUUUCUCUUUCCUGUAAAGCCUGAAUCUUUAGGCUCGGCUUUACUUGAUUCUAAAGCUGAUUCUUGGUUUUCUGAUGCUUUGAAUAAUACCCGGAUUGCUAGAAGGGGACAAUCCACGGAUUCGGGUUUUGGUCAUGAGCUUAUCGGGUUUGAAAAUAUGGGUGGGUCUAAUGAAGGACAGAGUGAAAAUUUGAGUGCUAAACAAGGAUUGGAGUCUGAGUCAAUGGUAUUGGAGACUAGUUCUUCAUUUGGGUCAACUAGUUCUUCCAUUUCUAUGUCUAAUUUACCUGCUAUUGGUGUUCAAAAUGAGGAUGGUGUUGGUGCUAAUUUGCAGGAUAAAAGAGUUAGAGUGCCUUCAUCAUCAGCUUCAAUAGACAGCGAUAAUAGUGUUGGAAGUACUGGUUUUCAACCUAGAGUUGGAAUUCACCAAGAACCACUUGUUCAAGUUAUGUCCAGUAUGGCCUCACACAGUCUCAUCGAAUCAGAAGGCUCCAUGGCCAAUCCCUCUCUCAUUCAGACGCCAAAAAUGGUUCAGGUUUCUGGGUAUCAACUACCUCAGACAUUGGAUGGGAAGCAGCCUCAACAUGGAAUGCACUAUCUUCAUGGUGGUGCCUGUUAUGUACCUCACUAUCCUAACGGUCCAUUGCCAGUAUCAUCCUGUUAUCCAUUUUAUCAGGUUCCCAUGCAACAGCCACAACAAACUCCUUAUCCAAUGAAUCAACAAUACCCAAUAUACUUAGUUCCGGUGCAGCAAAUGCAAUCUCAUAGUAUGUCAGUGCUGCCCAACAUCAAUCAUGCAUCAGUGAUUCCGUCCAAUCGCCCCCCCUUGCCUCCACAAAGUGUCAUGAGCCCUCCAUCAAUAGCUUAUAAGGAGGUUAUGACGGCUCAAUCAGUCCCAACAAUUUCACCACCCAUUAGUGCACCUUCUCGGGCUCAGCAACAAUAUACUACCCUUCCUGAACCACAGCUUAGUUCCCAACCUGUCUCAACUGCAUCAGUUCCUGCUGCAAAUGAUGCAAAUGAGUUUGAUGAUGAUCUUGCAUACAAUCAGAUAUAUAAAUCUCAGCCUCCUCCACCUUCUUUCAUUUCCCAGUGCCAAACCAUUACAAAGGGGGCAACCGUAUUACUGUCAGAGUCUUCAAUGCAGAUGCACAGUAACAAUGUAAUGAAUCAGGCACCAUCACAUCCUCAAUGAGGCUGUGAAAAGAAGAGCAAAAGUUUUGAUAGUGGGUUCAUCUUUUCUUAUAGUCACAAAUUUUAAGAUUUAUUCUUUCAUCUUGUUUCAGGCACAUAAACCAUAAGUUUUUCUUGUGUAAUUUGUUUGUCUCUUUAUUUAAUAGUUGUUAGGAUAUUCCCCAUACUCCGAACACAUGAAAAAAAAUGAAGAAAGUAAAGGGUGGUGAAGACAGACUGUAGUUGUUUUGGUUUGUAUGAGUCAGAAUAUAUGUGAUGAAUAACAGUGUGUUUGUUUUACCAUAAAUAUUUUUGCCUGUCAA